CGUCGCUGAUUGGCGGAGCGGCCGGGGGCGGGGAGGCUUGGGCCGGCCGUUGAGGCGGAGCCCGGGUGCCGUUGCCAUGAAUUGGGGCCGCCUGGGCAGACGGGUGCUGCUGUGCGGGACACUAGGCGCGCGGGGUCUGAGCCGGAGCAUGUGUACCCAGGCGGAUGACUGGCAAUCUGCCAAAUCAAUAUAUGAAUUCCAUGCCAAAGACAUUGAUGGCGAUGAUGUGUCCCUGGAAAAGUACAAGGGGAACGUCUGCAUCAUCACCAAUGUAGCAUCCAAAUGAGGAAAAACUGACGUAAACUACACUCAGCUUGUCGAUAUGUACGCCAGAUAUGCUGAGCGGGGUUUACGCAUCCUGGGCUUCCCCUGCAACCAGUUUGGAAACCAGGAGCCUGGGGAUGAGUCUCAGAUCAAACAAUUUGUUGCAAGCUAUGGGGUGAAGUUUGACAUGUAUAGCAAGAUAGAGGUCAACGGGAACAACGCCCAUCCUCUCUGGAAAUGGAUGAAAGAUCAGCCCAAAGGAAGAGGCACCCUGGGAAAUGCAAUAAAAUGGAACUUCACAAAGUUCCUCAUUAACAAGGAGGGCCAUGUGGUGAAGAGAUACAGCCCAAUGGAUGAUCCAUAUGUGAUUGAGAAGGACCUGCCCGCUUUCCUGUAGACCUGUUCACUUCGACACUGGACCAUUCCCUCUGCUUAGCAAUGGCUCUUACCUGCUCCCUGUGGAGUCUUCCUAUCCGGCCCCAAUGACGGCCUGCCUUAAAGCCAGCCUGCUGGUGAGGCAGACCCGAAAGCUUGGCGUGCAUCGGCAGGAAGAAGGCUUCACUGGGCUGGUGGCUGUUGCUGGGCAGUUUCCAUAGAACUGACUUGGGCACUCUCAGCUUUGUUGCAAUAAAAGUUUAUGCUGAAACUGA